GCCCGGCGCAAAGACGAGCACCACUUCUUCUCCUUCCAUAUACCACCACCCCUUCUCCUCAUCCCUCUUCCUCCUUUCUGCUGCAUUCCCUCCUCUUCCUCCUCCGGCAGCCGUCGCCAAGAACGAGCGGAGCGGCCACCCAUGGUCCGGAAGGAGAAGGCCAUGAGGCUCCCCACGCAGCACCGGGGGCUGGAGGUCAAGAUCCCCAGCUUCUUCCGCUGCCCCAUCUCGCUCGACGUCAUGCGCUCGCCGGUCAGCCUCUGCACCGGCGUCACCUACGACCGCGCCUCCAUCCAGCGGUGGCUCGACUGCGGCAACACCACCUGCCCGGCCACCAUGCUCCCGCUCCCCUCCACCGACCUCGUCCCCAACCUCACGCUCCGCAGCCUCAUCACCCACUGGGCCGCCUCGUCCGCCUCCUGCUCCCCCACCGCUGCCUCCGUUGAUUCCUCGGUACGGUCGUCCCCUGCUGGUCUCGUCCGACAGGUGGCGUCAUCCAGGGCGGACCCCGCCCCCGCGCUCCGCGAGCUGGCGGGCUAUCUCUCCGACGAUGACGUCGACGAUUUCGAGAAGAACGCGCUGGUGGGCGCGGGCCGCGCCGCGGAGACCGUCGCGUCGGUGCUUCGGAGAAAGAGUGAGGAAACCAGCGUCGAGGGUCUCGAGGCGGCCGUGAGGGUGCUCGCCGCGAUCGUCGCGUCGGACGGCAUCGAGGACGCGAACAAGAAGCGGGUGGCCUCCGGCCUCGCCGUGGACGCGGCGGCCUCGGCCGCGUCACUGGCGCGCGUGCUGCGGAGCGGUAGCGGCCUGGAGGCCAGGAUCGACGCGGGGAGGCUGGCGGAGCUCUUGCUCAGCAAUGCCGCCGACGAGGCAAAGACGACAGCGGCCGAGUCGACCGAGCUGGUAACCGAGCUUAUAAGGCUCGUCGGCCCCGUCGACGAGAAGGGCACCCUGGACAAGAAGGCCGUGGACACCGGCCUCUCCUGCCUGGCCGCCAUCUCCGCGUCCCGGCGCGCGGCGCGCGCCGAGAUGGUCCGCCUCGGCGCCGUCCCGGCCGCGGUGCGCACGCUCCACGCCAUGACAGAGCCCGGCGCGUCCGCGAAAGCCCUCCGGAUCCUCGAGUGCGCCGCCGGCUGCGCCGAGGGCCGCGCCGCGCUGUGCGAGGACGCGGAGGAGGCCAUCCCGGCGGUGGUCGGCAAGAUGAUGAAGGCCGGCCGCGACGGCGCCGAGGCCGCGGUGGCCGUGCUCUGGGCGGUAUGCCACCGGUACCAGGACCGCAGGGCAGCGGACGCGGCGGCGGCGUCCGAGGGCGGGCUGACGAAACUGCUGCUGCUGAUGCAGAGCGGGUGCUCGCCAGCGGCGAGGCAGAUGGCGCUGGAGCUGCUCAAAAUAUACAAGGUGAACGCCAAGAGCUGCCUCGCCGGCUACGACUCCAAGACCACCCACAUCAUGCCAUUCUGAAGAGGCGAAGCGAAUGAAUGGCCUGCAGUCCUGGGCUGGUGAUCGAAUGGAUUCGAUCGAUCAACCGAAUGGGAUCGUAUUCUUGUUCCUGUGCUCAUUCUUGAUUUCCUUUCAAAUUUUUUUCUGUAAGUUGAUAGAGAAACAAAGACUCGGUUCAUGGAGGGAAGAAUAACAAUAAUCUGUACAUGGGUAGAUAGUUUUGACAGCAUGAGCAAAGGCAAGGGGAAAAUUUAGCCAAAAAAUUGAUUUGUAUGCCAAAAAGUUGCAACUGCUUGCUUUUUUAUUUUAAAAAAUGGUUUAAUUA